AUGAAGCCCUUCUUUAAAGCCGUUUUAAUAAUUAAUCAUACUUAAAACAAAGAUAACAUCGAUUUCGAAUCUCUCAAACAGCUAGCUGAAGAAAAGAAUUUAAUUAGAGAUUAAAAUGAAUUUGAAGAAAUAGUAGCUAGAUUUGAAGAUUUGUGCUAAGUUCUCAUUAAGAAAAAUCCUCUAACAGCUGAAGAUUUCAAUGAUUUACUCACAAAAUAUGAAUUUGAUGAUGAUAAAAGUUAGAAGGAGCUUUAUUAAGUUUGGGAACACGAAAAAGAAAAUGUCUACAGUUAUUUGAUAAAAAAGAGCGGAAAUUUUAGAAAAUUGGACAAAAUUGAGUGGUCUUUAAAUAAUAAAUUCUACACAAAAAAGGCCAAAAAUUUAAAUGAAAUGACAGUCGUUGUAUCUCUAAAAACUUCUUAAUACGAUAACUAAAACCAAAGACAUAUUACGUUUGAGAUGAAUAAUAAAGAAUUGUAAUAACUUAGAGAUGAUCUAUUCAGAAUCGAAGAAGAAAUAAUAGCUCUUAAUUCCUAACAAUGA